AUGGGAAGGAGUGCUUUGAGAAUGGCCCUUGCGGCUGAAAAGGGCCAGGACCCAAGAGACAGAAAGCUGAAGCGCGUUCUCAAAGAGAAGCAUCGCGCGAAGGUCGACAAGAAGAACAUGGGCGUUCAGGAUGUAGAUGAGGACGAGAACGAGGAUGAGGACGACGAAGACGAAUCAAUGGAAGAAGAAAGCAAGUCUUUUGACAUCGAUGCCUUGAACGAUUCGGAUAGUGACUCCGAGUCCGAGAUCGAAAUGGAAGAAAAGAUCAUCCGCCCGAAAAACGACCCCCCCAGCAAAAAGCGAGAGGAGAAAGCAGUGGCCGAUGAUGAAGAGGAGGACGAGGAGGAAGAUGAAGAGGACGUCCCGCUCUCGGAUCUCGAGGGUGAAGAAGAGCGCGACGACAUGGUCCCACAUACAAGGUUGACCAUCAACAAUAAGGCCGCUCUUCAGGCCGCACUAGCCCGCAUUUCCAUCGACACUUCCUCUUCUGCCCCCUUCGCCACGCACCAGUCCAUCGUCUCCUCCAAACCAACGGCGGAAGCCAUCCCCGACGUCUCCGACGACCUGCAGCGUGAACUGGCCCUUCUAUCGCAAUCGCUGGAAGCCGCACGAAAGGGUCGUUCUCUGCUAAUCAAAGAGGGUGUGCCGUUCUCGCGCCCGGGUGACUACUUUGCCGAGAUGGCUAAGGACGAUGGCCAAAUGCAGAAGGUCAAGGAGAAGCUUGUUGAGGAGGCCACUGCGAAGAAGGCGGCUGCUGAUGCCCGCAAGCUGCGCGACCUGAAGAAGUUUGGCAAGCAGGUGCAGAUCGCGAAGCUUCAGGAGAGGCAAAAGGCGAAGAAGGACACGUUGGAGAAGAUCAAUCUUUUGAAGAAGAAGCGACAGGAAGGGUCGUCGUCGAACCUCGGUACCAACGAAGGAGAUCUGUUUGACGUUGCUGUGGACAACGAGAUCAAGGGCUAUGGCAACUCGAAGACUGGUGCAGGUCGAGGUCGCAAUGAACCCAAUGCGAAGCGUCAGAAAAAGAAUGACAAGUAUGGAUUCGGCGGCAAGAAGCGACACUCCAAGUCUGGAGAUGCCGUUAGUUCGGGCGACGUCAGCGGCUUCAACAACAGGAGGGGUCCUGGCGUCUCUAAGGGACGGGUCACCAAGUCCCAGCGACCAGGCAAGAAUCGGAGGAAGGCCAUGGCGAGCAAAUAGAACUGUUGCGGUCUUGUG